AGCUUAUAUCUGUCUAUCACCAAUGCCGUCCACCACUCUUAGGGCGAUGACCACUGCUGAUUGUGACUUCCUUGACGCUGCUCGCAGAGGGGACUUUGUCACUUGCAAGGCCAUCAGGGACAAUGAUGAGUCCGUCGACAUCAACACAGUAUCUCCUGAUACCGGUAUGAGCGCUGCUCACUACUGUGUUUUAGAUGGAGGUGAUCGUGAUGUGAUGGAAUGGUUGCAUAAGGAGGGUAUAGAUUGGCUCGCUAAAGACCUCGAUAACCGGACACCGUUGCAGUUUGCCAUUCAAAGAUCAGCACAAAGCGCGGUGGACUUUUUUGUUUCGAAGGUCUUCGAUCCUAUCGAGAGUAUCUUCUUCGUUCACUUCGAUGAUCUGCCUUCCACUGACACUCUCAUCAACAUCAUCAACGAUCCUUCAAUUUCCGAGAGGCAACUCACUCACAUGUUUCCUCAGUUCAACGGUAUGCAACUGUGUCACCUCCUCGCAGAGUGCUCUCGCAAGGAUGCGUUGAACGCGCUCGCGGCUCGCUUGAAGACUCCCUUAUCGUCAUUGUUGGACUGUGACGGCAACGGUUGUCUACACUACGCUACUGCGAAUGCUCUUAUUCGCCUACAGAGGAAAAUGAUGCCAGACUCCAGUGAUGAUGAUGACGAUGAUGACGAGGAAGAAGAGGAAAUGAAAGUCUUUGUCCCCCCACCAGAAGCCCUACAGGAGGUUAUCAACACCAUGCAAGACCUCGUCAACAUCCAUGGCGUGGAUGUUAAUCAGGUCAACGAUAGUGGUGAUACGGCCAGCCAUCUGGUUGCCGGAGUGGCCCCUACUGGUGAGAUAGCGCUAGCCUUCCUUCAGAGUCUGCAUCAGCUUGGUGCUGACAUGAGAGUUCGAAACUCCGACUCGCAAUGUGUUGGUAUGAUACUAGCUGAAAUGCAUGGCAACGGGCCAUGGGUCGACUGGAUAGUCUCAGAGGCUGGUUGUGAUGUCACAGCCGUGAGCUCUGAGGGCCUCACUAUACAAGAAUAUGCAGACGAGCAUGACGAGGAAUGGGAUUCGUCGUCGUCAUCAUCAUCAACAUCGUCCAGUGAUGUCCAUUGUUGUAUGGGAGGCCUGGGCGCUAUCAAGGAGGAAGAAGAAGAGGAGGAGGAUUAUAGUGAAGAUGACUGUGAUGGAAUCCAAGAGGCCGAUUAACUAUAUGCUCGAUAGAAGGCCUGUCGUUGUCGGUGAAAGGUCGUCGGUUGGGGUAUUCAUCGAUAACAACGUUAAACCCCUACGUAUUACUUUACAGAUUGUUUCUAUACCAACUUGUUUGUUUCCUGUUCACGAGAC